AUGGUAUUUAUAGUAUGUUGGGAUCUUGGACAAACUAGGGUUGAAUUGGGCCUUGCCUGCUUAGUGCGGAAGUCCGUAAACUUAAGAGACUUUCUCAAUAGUAUAAGUGGACCUCUCAAAGAAAAGAUUCUUGGAGAGAGGUUCAUUCGUGAAUCCAGAUUGAGUAGACUUGCUAAGGUGGCUGAUAUUGUUGAGGGUGAUACUUGGAGAUGGCCAUCAGUUCACUCCCCACCUUUGUCUGAUUUGAUGCGAGCUACGCUUGAUACUUUUCGGCCGGACAGUAAUAGAGAGGUUGUAUUGCGAUGGGAGGAUGAUGUACAUGGAGUCUUCUCUAUUCGGAGUGCUUGGGAGUCUCUUCGACUGCGCUGCCCUAGGGUGACUUGGUAUCACAUCGUAUGGUUCCCUAAAUUGGAGGAUUUGGAUCAUCUUUUCUUUGCAUGCCCAUUUUGUGAGCGUGUUUGGAAUGCUCUGCAUGUGAAAUGUAACUUGCCAUGGGUUCAACGGAGUUGGCUUGAUUCUCUCUCUUGGAUGGAACAAUUUCGUGGGAGGUCAUUGUCCUCUAUCGUUAUCCGGUUAAUGUUUGCGGCUUCGAUUUAUGCUAUUUGGCGUGAACGUAAUGCUAGGACCCAUGGGGAGGCUCCUAAAAAUGAGUAUAUUGUUAUUCAAGAUAUUGUUUUUACUAUUUGUGCACGAGUGAACUUGUACAGUAGCUUGGUUCCAUCUAAUGAAAAUAGAUGA